AUGGGGGCGAAGCGGGGCGUCUUCGUUGUGUUCGAAGGCACCGAUAAGGGAGGCAAAAAGACUCAGUCUAAGCUCCUCGCCGAUGCGUUGACACAAAUUAGCGGCAAGGAGACGUUAUACAUCCACUUCCCAGAUAAAUCCACACCCACUGGUCAGAUUAUUUCACGAUAUCACGCCGGUGAAAUUGAUCUUGCCCCGCGUGCAGCUCAUCUGUUGUACACUGCUAAUAGGUGCGUUUCCUAUUUGAAGUUUGUAGCAUCAUCAUCGAAUUUAUGUGAUUCAACGGAUAUGUCUAAGGAUAGCCGUUGA